ACCGUGGUCCCAUCGUUGUCAACUCUACCUUUAGUAUGGUUUGACCGAAAGGGUUUCUAUUUAUUCUUCGAAGUUACGUUGAUUUUAAGUGGUUUUAAUCUGUGGGAUGUAAUUUUUAUUCUAAAGUAAUAUGUUUUGUAUAAAUAUGUUGGUGUUAACAACCUUUUUUCAAGCUAGAGAAAAUGGAAAUUCACAAGGGCUUUUGCCCUUCAAUGGAGAUUUGGCUUCUAUGGAGCAUUCUUCAAUAACACUUGGUUUCAAGCGCGAAAUUUAAACAAUCUUAGUUAAUAUGUGGCAAAAAAGAUUUUUUCUUUAGAGUCCGUUAAUCUACCCUAGAUUAGUUUUGAAUUCUUAAAAUGCCUUAUAAAAUUAAAUGACAAAUUAAUUUAUAUUUUAAAUGUACUGAUAGAGUACAUUUAACUAUUGAUUUAUAUUUUAUAAUUAAGAAUGGAUGCUUCAACUGUUGAAAGGCAUAAUGAGUUACUUAAUACUAUUGAUGUUGACAAUAGAAUCAAUGGCACUAAACUUGGGGGAAACACUGUUGUAGUUUCAGCAGAUACUGGAGAGGCACAGGAACUCAUUGGUGCACAAUAUAUGAACAUUCAUCGAAUGCCUGAAAAUCUUCAGAAAGUUCAACUUGUAGGAGAUCCUUUGUCUGCUGAUCUUUUGAAUCAUCAGGUGGUAGAGUUAGCACAAGGUAAUGAGUUUGUUCCUGGCCCCGUUGGAAAUCAGUAUUACGAUGAUGACUUGCUUCCCCACGAUCUCACUGAGGAAGACAAGAGGUUGGCUGCUGCGCUUGUUGCUGUUCAACUUGUACAGCAGCAGAAGCAGCAGCAUACUAACAUUUUGGCUUCUGAAUUGCUAAAUGGCAAGAGUAUGUCUCCUCUUUCUCCUUUGCCUAAUGUUUCAAUAGACAAACCUGGUAUGGCAGCUAUGGUUACAAGUUAUAUUCAGGCCUUUGACGAUGAAACAGCAACACAACAGCAGUUGCUCGAUUCACAGAACCAUGAGCGAAUGUUGAAAAUGUAUCAGUCCCAAUCUACUUCACCACAAUUAUCUGAGAUUCGACUGCCACCAUUGCCACCCCUUAAAAAAGUUUUAUCGAACCAGAAUUUAUUGAGGAAUCGAUAUAGUGAAAGAAAUCUUCUUGAUGCAACACCCAUAUCUGAGGCAAGUCGUAUAGAACUUACUGGCCAAUCACAAGAAGAAUUGCAUGCAAAAUCUAGCUUCGCCAAUACCAGACAACUUAAAGAUGAAGCCCCAACAGAACUUCAGAUUGAAGAUAUUGAAGAAGGAGACUCUGAUUUAGAAACAGAAAGUGAGCUGAAAUCAUCACGUAAAAGUCUGCCUCACAAGAAACGAAUUCCUCGUAAAUUAAAAACACAACCUAACAGGAGUCAGCAUGCUAAAGGGGCUAACACGUUGCCUGCGGCUAAGAGAUCUGCUUAUUCAUGUGAGAUCUGCGGAGUGGCUUCAGCUAACCAGGUCAAAUUCUUUGAACACCUGAAAGCUCACUACGAGCCUGACCUUCAAGCUACUUCCAGCACAUUUGAAUUUCAAGAACCGAUAACACAGCUGGUUGAACCUGAAAAAAACGCAGGUGAGGAUGAGAAUGGAGUGCUUUCCUGCAGUUUAUGCAGUCGGACUUUUAAACGUCAAAAAACAUUAGAGAAUCAUAUGGCUGUCGCUCAUCCUCCGAUCGAAGAAUUCUCAGAACCAGAAGAUAUGUUAGAGGGAAUUCGGCACGUAGUCAAUAUUCAAGCGACUGCUGAAGAAGAGGAUAAAAUAAGGUCUUGGAAAUUUGAAGAUUUUACAUCGGAUUUGUGCUCUGAAACUGAUAAGACUGGAGAUAUGGGCGAUUCUGGCGAUUUUCCUGAUGAUGAGAAAGGAAAGAAGAAGAAAAAAGUCAUUCAUUGUCCUCAUUGCUCUCGCACCUUCACGCACCGAAAUUCCUUGCUGUAUCACUUUAGGUCAUAUUCUGGGAGACGGUUGCACCAGUGUGAUGUUUGUGGCAAAGGCUUUUUUGCAGCUAAUGCUUUGAGGGUUCAUAUGAGAAUGCAUUCAGGCGAUAAGCCAUACAAGUGUGAAGUCUGUGGACGAAACUUCAGACAAUGGGGAGACUUAAAAUACCAUAUGACAUCACUUCAUUCCAAUACAAAGCAAUAUCAAUGCGAGUUCUGUGGGAAGGAUUUUGCUCGAAAAUAUUCGCUAAUUGUUCAUAGGCGAAUUCAUACAGGAGAGAAGAAUUAUGUUUGUGAAUAUUGCCGUAAAACAUUUAGAGCCUCAUCGUAUCUUGUGAAUCAUAGGAGGAUACAUACAGGUGAAAAGCCAUACACAUGCGAUGUAUGUCACAAACCAUUUCGGGUCAAGUCUGAUAUGAAGCGGCAUAGAAACAUUCACAACAAAGCUAGUAACGGCGGCGGUGCUGCUCGAUCUGCCGAGGCCAGUCAACCUUCUACACCGUUGGAUCUUAAUGUGAGACCUGGGGAUGAGUUUCGGCAGGCUACGGAUCCCAACACUCUUUAUGUUUGGCUUCCAGCUCCAUCUGAGGAAUCCAUAGAGGAAUCGAUACUGCCAGAUUGAGAGAAUCCAAUCUCACAUUUCAUUGUGAUAAACCAUUAAAUAUCAUUCUUAAUCAUAAUUAACAUUAUUAGUUUUUAAAAGUGAAUAUUUUAAAUUUAAAGUCAUUCUUUUUUGUAAUUUGUUUUUUAUUAAAGAUAUAUAUAUACAAACAUAUUUUAUAUCAUGUUAUACAAGAC